AUGUCACUUAACAUUCCAUCAAACAUUUUAGAAGAGCUCAGACCUGGACUAGAGAGUGAGAUCGUAAACAGAUACCAUGUGGAGAAGGAUGAGGCCUACGACAUUGCCGAAUACAUAAUAUUCUUGAUUAAAAAUAAAAGCUCGAGGGAGGAAGUCGUUAAAGAGAUACUAGAUGUCGGGGAAUUCCCUGGAGAUGAAUCUUUCAUGAACCUCGUUUUUGAAGAAAUUGCAAAUAUUCAGCGCAAGCAUCAACCAGGAACAAAUGGGGCAAGUACCGGUGCGAGAGAUGAAUAUGUCCCUUCUGCUGCCAGCCAAAAUCAGGAAGAAAAUUAUGUUCCAAGUCCUGGACCAGGUGCGCCUCAAACACCCCAAGCGCCUCGUCCUAUGAAUACACCUGGAGCUCCACCAACUAGUAUUCAUACCAAGCCACGUCCUUCUGGACCAAGUGUACCAGCAGGGCCAAAACGAAUGUCUGAACAAGAAAAACUUGCUUUGAGAAGCAAAAGAUUUGGUACUGAUCCAUCUACACGUAACGGUAGCCAUAACUCAAUUAAUAAAGGUGGAAUCACUAAGUCAAGGACAAACGAUCGUGGAAAUACAAGGAGACCGCUACAAGCAACAGAAAAGUUGGAAAAGUUUAUUGCUACUGGCAGUGCUAGUCUGGAUGGUGUAACUAGGUUUGCACAUCGUAAACCAAAGGGAAGAUGCUCUCUUUUUCCCAAAUGUACAGUCACAAAUUGUGAGUUGGCUCAUCCAACUAAGGAGUGCUAUCUUUACCCCAACUGCCCUAAUCCACCUGGAACUUGUAAUUAUUUACACCCGGACCAAGAUCAAGAGUUGAUUGCGAAAUUAGAGGAGUCAAAUAGAGAGUACCAAGAACAAAGAAAGAGAAUGAUUGAAUUACAGCAAGGAACUUGUAAAUUUGGUGCCAAAUGUGCUAAAGAAAGUUGUCCAUUUGCCCAUCCCACACCAGCGAAUCCGGAAGCUAAAAUUGAAACAUUAGAGUUUUGUUCUAGUGGAGUCAAUUGUCAAGACCAUGAAUGUAAAAAAGCGCACCCAAGAGCACCAAAUGCCAGUGUCAAACCAUUACCAACACUCAAUGAACUUGCUUUGGAGCAGUGUAAAUAUGGUAUGAAUUGCACCAAUUACAAAUGUGUUAGAAGACACGCAACAUCUGGUGUUCCUUGUCGUGCUGGUCUUCAGUGCAAAAGAGUUGAUUGUACUUUUAGUCAUCCGUUUAGAGAGAUGUGUCGUUUUGGAGCUGCAUGUCACAUUGCCACAUGUAUGUACCAGCAUCCUGAAGGCAGAACUAUGGUAUCAAACACGUGGACGAAGAAUCCCCAAGAACAAAGUCAAAAUCAAGUCAAUGAACGCCAGUUUGCUGUUGGUGAGGACCAAGUUAUGGAGCAAGUUGUUCAACAGUAG